AUGUCCGCCUCGGCAGACACCCCGACGCUCUCGGAAUCUCAUUCAGGCAUCCCAUCCCGACUCUUACACAAGGCAAACAAAGCAAAGUCAUUGAUCAACGAUCUAAGAACGGAAAACGUAGCGCAAGACCUUCCCCAGCUACCGAUCAUCCCUCAAGGCGUCUCCAGAUCGAACUUCAAUAAGGCCAUAGCAGAUCUUAGUGAACAAAUAGGCUCCGACAAUGUCUCCGUCGUCGACAAGCCACCCAAGGAUGAUGGCUGGUACAUGGAGCAUGCCACUACGCACGACAUGAUGCACGUCACACCCUCACGCGAGUUCAUGGCUUCCGCAAUAGCCUACCCUGGCAGCACUGCGGAAGUGCAGACCAUUGUGCAGUGGGCGAACAAGUACCGCAUUCCUAUAUUCCCGAUAUCGAUGGGUCGGAACCUGGGAUAUGGAGGCGCCGCACCUCGAGUACCCGGAAGUGUAGUCAUUGACCUUGGCCGCAGGAUGAACAAGAUUCUGGACAUCGACCCGGACGACUAUACGUGCCUCCUCGAGCCUGGUGUCAGCUUCUAUGCUUUGUAUGAAGAAGUGCAGAAACGAGGGUAUAAGCACAUGUGGAUCGACACGCCUGAUCUUGGUGGCGGGAGUGUUGUGGGCAAUACGCUUGACCGCGGCGUAGGAUAUACUCCAUACGGUGACCACUGGGCCGUGCAUUCCGGUCUAGAAGUUGUGCUUCCGACUGGAGAGGUCAUCAGAACUGGCAUGGGCGCACUACCCAACAACAACACCUGGCAGACCUUCCCUUACGGCUUUGGUCCGCAUACCGAUGGCCUGUUCUCCCAAAGCAAUUUCGGAAUCGUAACGAAGAUGGGCAUGGCCUUAAUGCCCGCCGCUCCUGACCACGAAAGCUUCAUGUACACCUUCCAACACGAAUCCGACCUGCCCCAAAUCAUCGACAUCAUCCGCCCACUACGCAUCAGCAAUAUCCUCGAGAACGUCGCCCAGCUCCGCACCGCCGUACAAACCCUCGCAGUCACCGGACGCCCGAAAACAGACUUCUAUACCGGCUCAGGACGCAUCCCGCAAGACGUCGUCGAAGCCGAAGCCGCCAAACUGCCCAUCGGAAAAGCCUACUGGAUCUACUACGGCAUGUCCUACGGCCCCAAGCACAUCCGGCAAUACAAACUCGACAUCAUCGACGCCGAAUUCAGAAAAGUGUCUGGAGCGAAACGCAUCGACCCCGCCACGAUCCCAAAGGACAACUACUUCUGGUCCCGCGAUAAGAUCGCCGCAGGCGAACCCGACCUCGAAGAACUGCUCUGGUGCAACUGGGUGCCGAACGGCAGCCACAUCGCUUUCAGCCCCGUGAGUCCGAUCCGCGGCAAGGACGCCACGGUGCUGUUCGAAAUCUGCAACCGGCGGCAAGACCAGCACGGAUGCGAGAUCUUUCCUGCGUUCUGCGUGGGACUGAGGGAGAUGCAUUUGAUCGUCGAGUGUGUUUUUGACAAACACGAUCCUGAGGCGUGCGAAGCUGCGUUGGCGUGUAUGCGAGGCAUGGUGGAUGAUGCGGCGAAGUUGGGGUAUGGAGAGUAUCGCACCCAUCUCGCCCUGAUGGAUCAGGUGGCUGGGACGUAUAACUGGAACGACGGCGCGCUGAUGAAGUUCAAUGAGCGCUUGAAGGAUGCGUUGGAUCCUAACGGGAUCAUGGCGCCGGGUAAGAGCGGGAUUUGGCCCGCGAGGUAUCGGGGGAGAGGGUGGGAAAUGAGGUCUGGCAAGGAGAGCUCGGAGGGCGACGGGGUAGCGGCGGCGGUUGGUGAGGCGAGGUUGUGA